AUGAACUUUGUAAUCUUACUCUGUCUGCUCACGGCGAGCAGCGCUUUUAGUAAGCCGCUUAGUCAUCUCAAUGUCGACAAAACAAUCGCAGGGGUGGGAAAAUCGAUUGUAAUUCAACGCCCUCCGGAGAGUGGUGAAGACUUGUCUCCACCUGAAGGAUCCGAUGAAGAACGUCCGCUUCCUCCGGACAACUCAGAUGAGGAACGACCGCCAAUUGACCAGCGUCCGCCGCCGGAAGACCAGCGUCCUCCACACGACAACGAACGUCCACCACAAGGUGAGGAUCGUCCGCCACAGGGAGAUGAAGGACAACGCCCCCCUCAAGGUGGUGAAGGCCAGCGACCACCUCAAGGAGGAGAAGGACAACGUCCUCCGCAGGGAGGGGAAGGACAACGUCCUCCGCAGGGAGAGGAAGGACAGCGACCUCCGCAGGGAGGGGAAGGACAACGGCCCCCUCAAGGUGGUGAAGGACAGCGACCACCUCAGGUAGGUGAAGGACAACGUCCGCCACAAGGCGGCGAGGGACAACGUCCUCCGCAGGGUGGUGAAGGACAGCGACCACCCCAAGGAGGAGAAGAACCACGACCACCACAGGGAGGUAACGAACAACGGCCACCCCAGGAAGGUGAUGGACAACGUCCUCCUCCGUCUGAAGAUGAAAAUGAUAAUGCGGGCUCAAAAAUUGUGAAUGUUAACGUAAAUAUUCACAUAUAA